AAGAGCCUCAGCAGCUAGCCUGCGAUUAUCGUCGAGAUCGCUGCGACCCUGACGGCGAAGACAGUGGCAGCUGCCUUCAUGAGGGCUGGACCAUGCGAUAAUUUUGCUACAAACUGACCACUAUCCCUACAUUUUCUAUCGACGGGAUUUACCCGAGGGAGCAAGCAAGCACCCCUCACAAUGCCGUUGACCUUCUGCCCCAACUGCAGCAAUGCGCUCACCAUCUCCCGCGCGGAGCCAACCUCCAGGCAUCCCCUAGGCGUCAAUUGCUUCGAGUGCCGCACAUGUCCCUACCGAUAUGCCCUGGAACAGAGCUGGUUCGAGAAGACCCCGAUGAAGCAAAAGGAGGUGGAGGACGUCCUAGGCGGCAAAGAAGAAUUCGCGAACGCAGACAGUGUGUCCACUCAAUGCCCCGCAGAAAACUGUAAUGGCGACCGUGCAUACUUUUUCCAGCUGCAGAUUCGGAGUGCAGAUGAGCCGAUGACCACAUUCUUGAAGUGUACCACGUGUGGUGCCAGAUGGAGAGAGAAUUGAUACCCCUCCAUUUUUAGAGUUUUAUAUAAUUCCCAGCUGGACACGAUUAUUUAUUAUUGUUCGAACAAUCGAGGAGCACGUUUGGGCGGGAAGAAAAAAAAAGGAUGGCUGGUGCUACGGCGUAUUGUUAAGAUGAUCUGGGCCCCCUGCGAUUGUUGACUGCCCUCUGAUAGUUUUACAUCUAAAUUAGAGAUAGAUA